UCACGCUCUCACCUCGACACGCCGCCAUUCGAGCUCAUAGCUCUAAUUCGGUGAACGUUUGAUACAUUUGUUAUCGUCCUCGUGCUGUCGCAUUUGCAGCAUUUCUAAGACGCACAACAAUGCGCACGACCGCCCUCCUCCUCCUCGCCUGCGCAAGAAGGAGCACCCACGCGACGACGCUCGCCGGAGCGCGCUGCGCCACCGGCGUCGCGCUCGCCGCCGACAGCCGCGCCACGGAGGGCACGGUCAUUGCCGACUCCAAGUGCGACAAAUUACACGAGCUCGCGGAGAACGUUUAUGCCGCGGGGUGUGGCGGAGCCGCCGACGCCGACGAUGUUGCCAGAUUGGUCGCUUUGGAGCUGCGCACGGAGCACCUGCGGCGCACGAUGAGCAGCACGGCUCCGACGAAAAAUCGAGGACUAGUAGUAGCGGCGAAAUCCGGCAUCGUGGCGCGGCUGCGGUCGGCGCCCCUGGGCUGCGCCUUUAUUGUUGGAGGCUGCGAUUCUGAACCGUCAUUGUAUCGCGUCGAGGGCGACGGCUCCGCGACCGCGUCCCAGUUCGCGACGAUGGGCUCUGGCCAGAUGGCAGCGGCGGCGGUCCUCGAGGCGUCUCUCUUGAGACAGGCGGAGCCGUCGCCGGAAGUUGUGAUCGAGGCCGUGCGUCGUGCCGUCGAGGCGGGCAUCCGGGGCGACACGGGCUCGGGCGGCCACGUCGACGUCGUCUUCAUCGGGGAGGAGGAGACGAGGCGGUACCGGUUCGCGGCGCGGCCCUAGUCUUAUUAAAUUUGUGUGGUCGUUA